AUGAUAGGCCACCACAUCAGUGAGCAUGCUCGCAUCAAGAUUCUCAAAGAAGUCGCCAUCCGAGCGCAGAAAUAUGUCGUGAACAUGACCUACAACUGGAAGCAGAAAAACGAAAUCCUCCCAGAGAUCCGCACACACAUCGAAAACAUCCUCGCUCGGUUCAAGCACACCAAGACACCCUCGAAGCCAAUUUUGCUUCCUGCAAAGGCAAUAACAUCACCCAGAGAAACUGUGGAAGUUCAGCCAUUCAUUGUCUUGUCACCAGCCGACAUUGUCACCCUGGUCAACGCUCUAUUCCCGGAGCGACGUCCGUCGUCCAGCCACAUGGACAACGACAGCCAGCGCCGUACUGGUCUGACUUCCUCUGCGUCUUCCAUGUCCGGAAUGUCGGUUCCAUUCCGCAAUGCCGCCGCUUCUGUGACUGACGCAAGCUCUAUCCUGAGUGCCAGUGCUUCUUCAAUGACCAGCGACCAGACCUCGCGUGAGCCACUCCUGGACAGCAACCCGGUAUCCGGCGAAUCACCGACAGAGAUGAAGCCUGCACCAACAGAGCAAUACGGAAGACAGCUGCGAAUGGCAUGUUCUGAGAUGACUCGCCUCCUAGGUUUCGAAGCCACAUCAGGCUCUUGCCAUCCGUGCGCAGAGCGAUGGGCUGUCCUUUACAUCUCCGCUGAUGGAAAGCAGCUGAAGCCGCGUAUGCGCAAAGACUUUGAUGAUGAGGAUGAGCACGACGAGGACUCACCAGACAGCGACAGCAGCGACGACGAAGAGGGCGGGAACAGGUUCGAUCUUGGCAACGACUACCAUCAGCUGAAAGAGGCAAUCGCCAAGCUGGUGGAGGAGUACGAGAUUCCCAAGGAUCUUGCGCCCGACAGCGAAUCGAAGAACUUCAGCAACAGAAUGACGACCCGCAAAAGCACUCGUGGACGUGGCCCAGUACGCAACGUCAGCGAAAACCUCGGAUCACGCAACCCAUACAACUCCACUCAGAGCCAAAGCCAGCUUACCAACAUGAUUGCCAGCCAAAGAAACGUCUCGUCACGGCGCUCACCACAAUUUCCGAGAAGUCACAGCAACCCUCAAGUCGGCGAGAAGCAAGAGAACAACUCAGUUCUGGUCACCAUGCUUGAGACCGCCAUGUACCAGUGUCAAGCACGAUCCGAUUUCGUCAAUGCGCAUAUGUACUACAAGACAUUGCAGAGUCUGAAAAGACUCAGCUCUCCGACACUGGUCAAGAACGGCUACGCAGCCCUUCUCAACUACUUCUCUCGCAGCCCGCGCGACCUCCUCAGCAAGGCAGCCAAUGCCAUUGAAGAGUUCGAGGCCUGGUUCGUGUGGCUCAAGCAGUCCCAGGAGCGGUCAGAUGGUAUGGUCGAAGAGAUGAUGCUCACGUUCAAGAAUCUUCGAGACAAGAUGUGGUACAUCACAGAUGUCCGCACUUCCAAGCCAUACGAGGACGCCAGGAACGUUGCGCUUGCUCUCAAGAUUAUGGACCAACAGUCAAAGAUGCUCAAUGUCAGAGGCCCGUCUGGUUCUCAACCGCGAAACAGCAACAGCUUCUUACGCCAGAACGAAGCUCAGCUGGUUGAUCUGAUGUCAGCGUCUCAAGACUUCGGUGGACCGAACAAGCUGUCAGACGAGCAGUCCCAAAUCACGCUGAAGUGGCUUAUGCAAUACAGCGUGGAGAACUUUUGCAAGGGCGAGGAGCGGAUACACCGUUUCUGUCUCGAAGUCGACAAGUGCGUCACCAAGGUCAUUGGUGAGGGCGUCCUUGAUGGGCCCGUGCUCUGGGCCAGCGACCUCUACAAGCGCGACCAACAAAUUCUGGAGAGUGGACGGCAGAAGGGCGACCUGUUUCUGACUGGUGUUGGCACUCUUUCCAUCGCCGGUGAUGAGGAGUACGAGACCCACGGCCGACCUGGUUCUCGUAGCCAUGACUUCUCGCAACGGCCAAGCCAAGGUAGUCUGCGUGCCGCAGCUAACCGCAAUGGAUCUUCCAGUUUCGACCAGAGCCCCUGGGGAAGAAACCCCAUGGAUGCCCCCGACUACUUCGGUGGAUCUUCACCCGUCCAUGCAAUCGACUCUAUGGCUACUUUCUGGUCACCGUUCCAGACCCAAGCGCAGUCUCCUACCAACGCCACAAGCAUCCGACCACGUACCGCAUCAUCAUCGAAGGGUACGGUGAUGCUGAAGCAAUCUGCAAUGGUCAACGAAGACAAGCGCCGCUUCAUGCUCGAUCUGAAGCAAACACUCACAGGCCUGCUUCUGAGUGACCUCGGAACAAUGGUCUUCGCCAACGGCAGCGAGACCGACUCGUGGUUCGGUGGUGAUUUGCUAGACGAUUGCUUCGAGCGUAGAGAUGAAGAGGAACGGAAACGCAAGAAGCAGCUCGCCAAGAAGAGCAUGAAGAACAUCCGGAAGCAGACCCUGCCCGAUUCACGCAACUUGCCGCUGGAGACGCUCGGCCGCAACGAGCGUGGAACAGCGGCCCCGCCUGUUGCAACUUUCCAACACGCCAGUGCAUCCGACGCUCACCAAUCUGCCGGCGAGCAAUCCUCGACUUCCAGCGACGCGACUUCGCGUUCGGUUGGCAAUGCCACAGCAAAGAAGGCUGGGCUACUCGAGUUCCCGUACAACGUUGCUUUCCGACGGCUGUUGGGCAGGUUCCAGACACAUCCCAACCCAUACUCUAAACUGCAUGCACUGUAUGAGCUAGAGCUGCUCAUCAUAGCAUCACUCUCUUCUCGAACGGGCCGCUCGUACAACAACCGUCGGGAGACUCUUCCCCCAGUUCCUCAAUCACCCACCCUUGGCACCAUGCCAGAGCUCAGUUCUCGUGAGCCAGCUACUCAAACCUCCCGAGCACAAAACCUCGAGGAAGCCAUCGCCAACUGCGAGGAGCGCCGCUCUCAUAGCAUGAGCGUAGAACGCGUCAGCAACGCUUCCCCUCUACCUCGCAACGGUGCACGCUCCCCGGUUGGACCGCCAAGCACAGACAUGAUUGUCGAAGUCAUCCAAGGCCUCUUCCGCGACGCUAACAUCCGACCCAAGACCCUGUUCCGAGACCUGCAGUACAUCGCAUCUUUUGUGCCUGCGCAGAUGUUGGACAAGACUGCACGAGGCAAGGCAUUCUGGGAUGUCGGUCUCGCUGCUCUCGGCCUCAAGCAAGACGUGUGCCGGAUCAUGGUAGAGCUCGUCGAUGAGGUCAUCACCCAGAACUCGAAGCGCGAUGCAGGCAAAGUCAGCAGUGGAGCUGCUGUCGAGAAGGCUGGUGCAUCGUCUACUACACCAGCUCCGGUUGAUGAACCGCUGUCCAAGUACACCAUGGAGGAUGCCGGACGCAUGCUUCUUAUCACUGCCAAGGAGGGCGACGCAGUGGCCGAGCGUGAGCUUGCGAUCUUUUACCUCACAUCGCCCGAGCUUGUUCAUCGUACAGUCCUGCCGCUCACCAGGCCCAGCGAGGUCUUCAAGACUGAGCUUCUCAACCGUGAGAGGAAGGCGUCGCAAGACCCCGCCCGCAGCGACCCAAUGACCAUGUGUGUCGCGCAACACUGGAUGGAGCAGUCCAUGAAGGGCGGCGACCAGCUUGCCGCCAAGUACUUGCGCCAGCGCAGCGAGCUGGAGAACAUCAACCCGAGCAGGGCAUAG